GCCUGUCCGCCCGCGCGUCCCUCGGUCCACCUGCAGCGGGCAGUCCCUCUGACUGUCCCACUGAACGGCGCCGGCCGAGCCCGAGGCCUGGGCUCUUGCUCCCCGGCGGAGGGAUCCGCGGAGGCUGAGGAGGCGGCGCUGAGAUUAGGUGGAAGAGGUAGCUACGGCGGCGGCGGCGGUAGCGGCGGCGGCGGCGGCUCGGACUGCAGCGCAUAAAGGGGCCGCCGCCGGGUGAUGCGGUGACCGCUGCGGCAGGCUCAGGAGCCAAGUGGGCCUCGGCCCUCAGUCCGUCCUGCCGGACCCGCGCUCCCGAACUCCCCAUCUUCUCCGGCCGACCCGCGAUCACCGAGGAGGCCUCGCGCCCCCUCGCCCCUUCCCCGUCCCUCCCCUGUCCCCGUCCCCGCCCCGGGGGCCACCGCCACCCGCCUCCCACGAUGGCUCUGAAGAGAAUCCACAAGGAAUUGAAUGACCUGGCACGGGACCCCCCAGCACAGUGUUCAGCAGGUCCUGUUGGAGAUGAUAUGUUCCAUUGGCAAGCUACAAUAAUGGGGCCAAAUGACAGUCCCUAUCAGGGUGGAGUAUUUUUUUUGACAAUUCAUUUCCCAACAGAUUACCCCUUCAAGCCACCUAAGGUUGCAUUUACAACAAGAAUUUAUCAUCCAAAUAUUAACAGUAAUGGCAGCAUUUGUCUGGAUAUUCUCCGGUCACAGUGGUCUCCAGCACUAACUAUUUCAAAAGUACUCUUGUCCAUCUGUUCUCUGUUGUGUGAUCCCAAUCCAGAUGACCCUUUAGUGCCUGAGAUUGCUCGGAUCUACAAAACAGAUAGAGAAAAGUACAACAGAAUAGCUCGGGAAUGGACUCAGAAGUAUGCGAUGUAAUUAAAGAAAUUAUUGGAUAACCUCUACAAAUAAAGAUAGGGGAACUCUGAAAGAGAAAGUCCUUUUGAUUUCCAUUUGACUGCUUUCUAUGAGCCCACGCCUCAUCUUCCCCUGUGCACAUGUUUACCUGAUACAGCAGUGCUGCGUGUUGUACAUACUUGGAACAACAAACUAGAAAUACUGUACUUCUGUACCAACAUUGCCUCCUAGCAGAGAAGUGUGUGUGUGACAAGCCAGUUCUCCAGGCGUAACCUAGGUGUGAGACUAAAAGUUUUCCUUACUGACUUAAAUUUGGAUAACGGCAAGGUGAGGGGUGGUGGGUAUGGUGUGUGCUUGGAUGGGGAAGAAAAGCUCCACUGACCUGUAGGAGAUUGUUUUUAAAUGGAAUCCUUUUAAACUCAGAACAGUUAUGAAAAGCAAGGUGAAGAACACGAAGCUGUUUCUGUAUUCAUGUUUUUGGAAGGACCUACGUCUUAGGUGAAAGUUAUGACCAACCAGAUUAAUCUCUACCCACAUCCUGUAUUUUAAGGUCUAAGUUUAACUGGUCAACAUUUAAAUGGAUUGGAGCUAUUAGUACAUAAAGUGUGAUGGGCUUUGGUCCCACAUCUUUUGCAUCUCCCCACCCUUCAACCUUUGUCCUUUCAGCCCCUUUCUCUCUUCCACAUUCUUUGGUUUGUAUGUGGUUUCUCAGUUAAUACAUAGCUAAUAGCUCUUAUUUUUCUUAUGUUUUUAACUGCUUAGGUCUAUCUGGAUGUAAGGGUGAAAAUUCAUUUGAUGGAAAUACUUGUGUAUAUUUAAAGACCCAAUUGCUCCUCUGGAGCUUGUACGUUCAAGAAUGAUUAAUCUGUGUAAUAAACUGAUUACUACAGUCAUUACAUAUAA